GUGACAGGGGUUAGCAUCACACUUCACACUUCACACAUCAAACUCUGCACAACAACCGCCGGAGGGGGAAUUAUGUAACAUAUCGCAGAAGAGCCCCACUAAUUAAAAGGAUUAACGUUUAUUUUGGCACGGCGAGGAUGUCUGUCCCGGCAGGAGAAGGAUGACGACGACACAACUGUUGUGGCGACUUGUGUCAGUGUGUCUGUGUGUAGCUGUAGUUUGUUGGUCCUGCGGUUGCCAUGUUGGAUGCACAGAGUCGAACACGGAGGCCCCGGGAAUCGCCUCGUUGCAAGAUGACAGUCCAGUCGAGGAGUCGGAGGAAAAGACUCAUCAAAAGGAUGAGGAGAGCUGGGCCCUACCUGACCAGCUCGUAUCUGAAAAUGAGCAGCUGACAGACUACGAUCAUCCAGAAGAAGAUUCGAUAGCACAAGACGCAGCUCAGAAACAUCACACAGAGACCAUUAAAGCGGAGGAGUAUGCUGCAGAAAUGCUGCAGGGAGCCGACACAGACAUUUCACAAACUGAGCAGAGCUCUGAAUAUCAAAACCCUGAAACGUCGGUCCCUAAGGAUCAGGACUCUGCCCAGCAGCCGGCCCUCGCCGACUCUGUCAUUCCUGCUGCAGAUAAAGAGGAUCCCCCCAUCCUUGGUGUUCAAGAAGACAUCCCGGACAGUGAUCCGAGCGCUGCACCUGAUGUAGCGGCUCCUGAAGCCGUUGAUCCUGAACUGCUUCCAUCGGACUGUGUGGACGAGGAGGAAGACAACCCUUAUGACAAUGACAGCCCCCCACUGGUUCUGGAGAACACUUCCAACGCUCACACUGCAGGUACUAAAAUCCACCCUGAGCCUGUUCUGAGUCCUCCAUCCGUGCCGAGCAGCAAGACUCUGGAGAGCAACGCGUCACACAUGUUGAAGGAGGUGAAGCAGGACUUGGGGUCCCCUGUCGCCACAGACACAGAUCCCAGUGUCACCAGAGACCCGGAGGACAUCCCCACUUUUGAUGAGUGGAAGGCAAAGGAGGUGGAGAAACAUAAGACUCUCUCCACUCACACGUACAACAACGGAGGUUCUCACAGGGUGAAGAAGGUCCAGAAGAACUUCAACAACUACGCGUCAGUGGAGUGUGGAGCCAAGAUACUUGGCGCUAACCCAGAUGCUAAGAGCACUUCAGCCAUACUGAAGGAGAACAUGGACCUGUACAUGCUAAACCCUUGCAGUAACAAAAUCUGGUUUAUCAUCGAGCUCUGCGAGCCCAUCCAGGUGAAGCAGUUGGACAUCGCCAACUUUGAGCUCUUCUCCUCUACACCUAAAGACUUUCUUGUCUCUAUCAGUGACAGAUAUCCAACGAACAAGUGGCUAAAGCUGGGGACCUUUCAUGCCAGGGACGAACGCACAGUUCAGAGCUUCCCUUUAGAUGAGCAACUUUAUGCUAAAUACGUGAAGAUGUUCACCAAGUACAUAAAGGUGGAGCUGGUCUCUCACUUUGGCUCUGAACACUUCUGUCCUCUCAGUCUAAUACGGGUUUUUGGGACAAGCAUGGUGGAAGAGUAUGAAGAGAUCGCUGAUCCCUCAGAGAGACAAGAUGAUCAGGACGAUGACUUGGACUAUCCUUCACCUGGUGAAGCCAAUCUAUCCAAAAAUCUGAUUGGAUCAGCAAAAGAUGCUAUUCUGAACAUGGUCAAAGACAUUGCUGUCAACGUUCUGGGACGAAGCUCAGAGAUGAAAGGCAACCUUUCAUCUCAGGAAGUGAACACGACUGAGCCGUCUCAACAGCCUGAAACCUCCUCUGACACGGUGACUACUGAUCUUACCCCAGUUCCAGACGGUGAGGAUGUGCAGGUUUUACCCGACCCUGGCGUCCCCCCAACCGAAGCCCCGUCGGUGGAGAUCCCUUCACCAGAGACGGACACUACUGACGGCACCGAGGGGAAGCUCCCUCCUCCUCCUCCAGAGGAAACUAUAGUCAUUCCUUUAGACAAAGAAGAGGAAGAACCGAUCAGCUCCAGCAUCACUCUCCUGGACAAGGAGGAGGAAGUGGAUGAUGGUAAAGAGAAGAAGAACAGUGAGGAGCAGCAGCGUCCGGGGGGCCGGAGCUACUGCUCCCCACCUUCCUCUUCAUGCUCCUGUGCAGCUUCCCUCCAGGAGUACGUGCAGCGGCAGAGUUCAGCCUCUCUGUCCCAAAAGAGGAAAUGCCAAGCAGUGGAUGGAAAGCAAAAAGAUCCUCUCAUCCAGACGCCCACUCGGCACAAACCUCCGCCGUCGUCUACGUCGACGGAGCCCCCGCCGCAGGAGACGGGGGCACAGCAACCUCCUGAAAAAGAACCAGCUUCUGACCAGGAGCCGGAGCGGCAAGCGGUCGUAUCGGAGGACAAGCAGCUUCCUGACGAACCUGCGUCUGAACCCCCUCCGCUGGAGCCCAGCCAGACCGUGAACCUCCCGCAGCCCAGCGUCUCCGAGGAGACGUCGGCCACGCCGACGCCCGUCGUCGAGAUGCCUCCGCCGGCUUCUGAAGCACCGGCCGAGGAGCCGGGGCCCUCAAAGAGCCAGCCUGAAGAGAAGCCCCCUCAGCCCUCCACCUCCCUCGGCAGCUCGGCCCAAAUACAACCCACAGCCACCGUCCCGGGGGACGGCCCGUCGGCGGAGCCACCGGAGGAGAAGCCGAGCGUUGAAAUCCCUCACCCCGAGGUGGAUCCCUCCAUCCAAACACAGGAUAAGACGGAUCAGCUCCCCGAGGGCCCGAGCGUAGAGACUCAGGCCGAGCCACCGGUUGUACCUGAAGGCGGCCCUGCUCCCACCGAGGUCCCCAGUCCUCUUCCUGAGGCCGUAACGGAGACGGAGCCUCCCGGCGGUCAUGUGACCGGAGUGGAGGACCUGGCAGAAGACGCCUCUCCCUCCUCCGGGGGGAACGGGCAGCCAUUUCGCCCCUCUUCUCCAACCCCUCCUUCAGCCGCCUCGUCGUCCCUCUCAGACAUCUACGCAGAACCUUUUAACGGCACGGAGCCCAACGGGAACCCGGUGCCCAGCUCCAGCCAGAAGGAGUCCGUCUUCAUGAGACUCAACAACCGCAUCAAGGCCUUGGAGGUCAACAUGUCGCUGAGCGGCCGGUACCUGGAGCAGCUCAGCCAGAGGUAUCGGAAGCAGAUGGAGGAGAUGCAGAGGGCUUUUAACAAAACCAUCAUUAAACUGCAGAACACUUCCAGAAUAGCAGAGGAGCAGGACCUGCGUCAGACCGAAUCCAUCCAGCUGCUGCAGGGUCAGCUGGAGAACGUGACCCAGCUGGUUCUCAACUUGUCGGUCAGAGUCAGCCAGCUGCACAGUGAGGUGGCGGACAGGCAGAACUACCUGCUGCUGUCUCUGGCGCUGUGCUUGUGUCUGGGCCUGCUGCUGUGCGUCAACCACUGCCGCAUCACGGUUCCCCCGGCCUCAGAACCGGAGCCGCCCCCACCCAAGAGCUACACGUACUGCUGUCCUGAGAGGCAAUUCACUUCCUGUGAUGAGACGGGCUUGAAGAGGAGUGCAUCUUACCCCCUCAUCCACUCGGAGUCUUUCCAGUUAGCAACCACUGAAUGCCCAGAUACGCUGCUUGCAGAGGAGACGCAAAGCCUCUGUCCAGCCAACAGAAAGAGGAGGCGUCGCCGGGUGAAACCCUUGGAUAAAGUAGAGACUCUGAGAGCCUCUUUCCAAGCCGCUCCCAAGCGGUGCAACGGAGGCGUGGUGGUGUGCAACGGGGGUCCCGUGGUCACCAGGCCCGGCCCGCUGGCGCAGCGCUUCCUCCAGCCCGUGUUCAGAGACUCUCCGUCGGAGGGCAGCUCCGAGGGAUCGCACUCGGACGACCCGUCGUUCUGCGGCAUCACCACGGCCUGCUCCCGCAUCUGCGACGGCCUCCCCCCACCCAAAACCCGCGCGGAGAGACGGGCGCUGAGGCGCAGGCGUCCCAAGCCCCGCUGCGCGCUGGUGGAACUGCUGCACGACCCGCACAGGGACAAGAACCAGACGCUGAACCAGACACUGCCCAGCUCCAUCACAGACAUCAUGAACAGGAAACCAGAGCAGAACUCUGGCCCGCUGCUGGCGCUCACGGGUCCCGUCUGACCCCGGGGGACCAACCCCCCCCUUCCCCUCAGUGACUGCUGGGAACUGUUCCCUGAAGAAGGGAGGCGGCCGUUUAGGCAUCAGGGCAGCUUUAACGCUUUGCAACCAGACAAUCUGUCCAUUCUGUUCAUGUUCUCGCUUCAGCUGACGUUGGGACAUCUAUAUUUGUUACACAUCCAAUCAGGGAAGCGUCUUCCCGGCAUCCAAAGCAUUUCUCUUGUGAGUAAAUGCAUGUGUGGGUUUUGACCCCGACACAUUUAAGGAACACAAUCAUUUCCAGGUCUGUAUUUUUAUUUUGGCACUAAUUUAUAGUAGGUUUUUUCUAGCGCUUGCGGUAUAACAUGUCUGAGUCGAAGCCGUUCAUUAUUUGAAACUUGGCCACAAUCUUAUCUGAGCAUCCGACACUGCGGAAUCUUUUCAAUCAUUAUACUAUUCCUUUCAUGUCAUCUAACCUUGAAAUAAACCGCGGGGGAAGCCCGUGGAGGCUGUGAACAAAACAUUGGGGAAUUUCUUGGAAAAGGAUCCAAAUAAAACGGCGAUGUUGGAGUGAUUCUGCUUCGUUCUGUGGUGUU